GUGCCUGAAGCACGAAAAAUUCCAAUUUGCAAGUGAUAUUUAUCUGUUGUAGGUCUGUAAAUUUUUUCAAUUGACAUAAGUUUGUGAAAAAGUGAAAUAUACAGUUUCUAAUUAACCAUCGCUUAAAGUUUGCUUCCAUAUAUUGAGCAAAACAAAAAAGUUCAACAAAACAAAGAAGAGUGCAAAUUACUUGAGCUCCAACGCCAAUUAAAUGAACACGCGAAUACCAAUGGCAAAGCGCUGUCGCAACUAUUUCUAGUAGAGGAGGUUCUUCCUCACUUUUUGGAAAUUUUGAUUGUACCGAAUUGUUUGUGUAUAGUACCUUAUUAGCACUAACUGUAACAUCGGAAGACCGUCAGGGCUUUCGCCUUGUCCUGAAGGUUUAUAACGGCAAAGUGGGCGUAAAAUUGUGCUUGUGUGGGUGAUCGUAUUCAAGAGAUUGAUUAAAAUAAUUAUAACGCAUUAUGGAUGUAGCUGUAGUGAUUGAUACCCAAAUAGCAGAAUAUUUGGAGGAUAGAAAAUGCGCCCUUGAAGAAAUGAAACAAGCCAUUCAAGCCGUCGGAGCGAAUUUUCAACGUGUGCCAUUUGAUAAACUCGAUUUUGGUGAAACAAACAUGCUAGAGACUUUCUACAAUGCAGAUGUUGCUAUAAUUGAUUUAAGUAUAUUGGUGCAGCAGCGUUCGCUUUCUUAUCAUCUGGGCGUACGUGAAAGUUUCGGCAUGAAAGGGAAUAUUAUCGUCUACAAUGACGUGCAAUCAAAACAGACGUUGUGCCUUAAGCUUUCAUGUGCGAACUAUCAGUUUUUAUCGUACAAACGCAACGAAGAGACUUCCACCUGCUAUCUAACCAAUUUCAAUAAGGAACUGCCAGCAGAUACCAAGAUGCCAACUAUGCAAUCGCGCCUUAAAGGUCUAUUACAAGAUGUAGAGAUUCAAUCCAAAGCCUAUAUGCGUGAGAAAUUUCUAACUGAUCUACGCACAGCACGCGAAACUUUCGGCGGAAAUGCGCAGAAAUUACAGAAAAUCUUGCAUGAUAUGCGUAAGCGUUUGGAUGAUGUACAUGUACUGUCUGGCGAAGUGGUGCACAGUUUUAUGUGCUCAUUACGUGAUGUACAAGACUACGAUGCAAUGGUGCGGUUAGUAAGUGAUCUACGUAAUAUACCAAAUACGCGUAAAUAUGUUGAAACGGGAAAUAUGAGUUUCUUAUACGCCUUUGCUUUAAAUCGCCGCAAUCGGAAAGGCGAUCGUGAAAAGGCGUUAGCGUCAUCACUGAAGGCGCUUGAAAAGAAGGAGAAUGAGUUUCCUGAUAUGUUAUGUUUAUGCGGUCGCAUUUACAAGGACAUAUUUGUGGAAUCGGAUUAUGAGGAUAAAACCAGUUUAAAGAAUGCUAUUAAAUGGUAUCGUCAAAGCUUUGAAGUGCAACCUAACGAAUAUGCGGGCAUUAACUUAGCAACGUUACUCGUAAUUGACGGCAAAGAGUUUAGCAAUACGGAAGAGUUGCAGAAUAUUGGUAUAACAUUAAACAAUCUAAUUGGUAAAAAGGGCAGUUUGUCGUCUUUGACGGAGUAUUGGGAUGUUGCGACAUUUUUUGAGAUAUCAGUGCUCGCUGAAGACUAUGCAAAGGCGAUACAAGCAGCAGAAUGCAUGUUCAAAUUGAAGCCACCCAAUUGGUAUCUUAAGUCAACAAUUGGUAAUAUUUUGUUGAUACAUCGCUUCCGUAAGAAACCCGGGGACCAUAUUUCUUCUAUUGAAGAGCAAAUUUUUCAAUUUUGGAUGGACUUUUUCAUGGUAGCUACCAAUACAGAUGAGAUAACCAGUGUGCGCAUGCCGAUUCUUAUUCUAGAACCGCAAAAAAUCUAUAUGCCUAGUUAUGUUAACAUCAAUAUGGAUGCUGAUGAGAAAUCUAUACAAAUUAUUAACAUUUGUUUGGCGCAUUCAAAGAAUGCUUGCAAAAAAAUGCACGACUUCGUGUUCAUUGCUUCGCAAAUAAAGUCUGUGAGUUUGUACAAGCGUGACGAUCGUUGUGCAUACCUUUAUGUACAUCACAAUUCGGACGAUUUUCAAAUAUAUUUUCCUUCCACUGAAUGUCGACAACGAUUUUAUGAUUUGAUACUAGAAAUGGCUUCCGAUCAAGAGGUAUUCGUUAACUUGGACGUCGAUGAAGUGCGGCAAAUUGAAUAUGAAUAUGAUUAUGAUGAUCAAAAUCGAAAAAUUAUUUUGGGUAAAGGCACCUAUGGAACCGUCUAUGCUGCACGCGACAAACAAACUCAAGUAAGAAUUGCGAUAAAAGAAGUGCCAGAGCGUAACUCACAGGAUGUGCAGCCGUUGCACGAAGAGAUAAAACUGCAUUCCCAACUUCGUCACCGUAAUAUAGUACAGUAUUUAGGCUCUGUAUCAGAGGAUGGAUUCUUUAAAAUUUUCAUGGAACAAGUACCCGGUGGUUCACUCUCCGAUUUACUCGAAAAGAAAUGGGGUCCGCUCAAGGAUAACGAAUCCACUAUGGCUUUUUACUCUAAGCAAAUACUUGAAGGUCUUAAGUACCUUCAUGAACAAAAAAUAGUACACCGCGACAUCAAAGGUGACAAUGUAUUGGUGAAUACCUAUAGUGGUGUAGUAAAAAUAUCGGAUUUUGGUACUUCAAAACGCUUAGCCGGUAUUAAUCCCAUGACAACAUUUGCUGGCACACUGCAAUAUAUGGCGCCCGAGGUAAUCGAUCAAGGCUUUCGUGGUUACGGGCCUGCUGCUGACAUAUGGUCAUUCGGUUGUACGAAUGUAGAGAUGGCAACAGGUAAGCCACCAUUUAUUGAAUUGGGCUGUGCACAGGCGGCUAUGUUCAAAGUGGGCUACUACAAAAAACAUCCAAUUAUACCGGAGGAGCUAUCACCAACGGCUAGAAAUUUUAUUUUACGCUGUUUUGCAAUUAGCGUAACGGAUCGACCAACAGCGGCGCAAUUGCUGGAAGAUCCCUUCUUAAAUGAUAAACACCGUAAGUUACGCCUAAAUCCACCCUCUUCAUCGGAAUUCGGUCGUAGCAUCUCCGUGCCCGCAGAUCGUUUAGUUAAUAAGACCACCUUGCCUCCAUUUAUGAGUUCGAUUAGCGCGAACACAUGCAAUACGCCCACGACACCUGAAUUGGACAGAAUAACUCAUUCGUCUUCCGUCGAUAUCGAUGAGCUGCCCAGCACUCAGUUCACUUUGGAACGUCGCAACUCAUCUGGUUUUCUGCUUUCACCCGAAAUCGAAGUCUCUACACCAUCACUACGCACCAAUCCGAGUGAAACUAAUGAAACUGACGGCUUUUACCGUUUGAAAAAGGAUUCGCAGCGACGCACAACAUUGUCAAAGGUAUUGAGAAUGGAUGAGGACAAAAUCUGCAAUCUGUGGAUGGAGCGUAUACAAACAGAUCAUAAAAUCAGCGUAUUAAUAACCAAAACAGAACUGCAAACGCUUAUACGCGGUUUGCGCGAAUACAUUGUAAAUGAGAAGGAAAAACAUUUAGAGGCUACAAUAAUGGGACUGAAGCAAUCACUAAACGACGACGUUGCCGUCGAUCAUUUACACUUGGCAUUAUAUGCCUUUCAAGAUGCAGUGGUCACAGUAUUACGUUCACAUUUCAUUAAACCACAUUGGAUGUUUGCAUUGGAUAAUUUAGUGAAAAGUGCAGUGCAGGCAGCUGUAACGAUUUUGUCACCUGAAUUAGGCGCUAAUUUGGCCGGCAAGGAAUUAUCCUGUAACGAUGACGAGAGCGUGCAUAAUCCUCAACACACCUCAACGGAUAGCCAAGAAAAACUGACUGGCGAACAAACCAUAUCCACCGCAUUGGCAGAGGGAGAUGACGGCAGCUUUUCACCCAGCGAGUGUGUACGCAUAUUGCGUGACAUGAGAGAUAAUGAUAAACAAUUUCAACGGCAGCAUUUGGAGCAACAAAAGCAGAUGAUAAAGGCGCAGCAUAAUUUGAGCAAAGAACUAGCGCAUAUCUUCUCAGGAGCGCGAAAAGCAAGACGUCCGUUUGCCAGUCUUCACCGCCACCCCCAGCGUGUUUAUACAAAAAAGCAAUCCAAUCGUCCAUUAAAUAAACGUACUUAUGAUAUAAGCGAGAUUGAUGAGCAGCUUGCGCAGUGGCUCACCGACCAUAGUAUUGACGAGUUCUCCCAAACUAUAAUACUUAAUGAGGGCUUCACUUAUGAAGACUUUAUAUACAAUACAGAAAAGUUGGAUUUAAUGCGUUUGGAGUUAAGAUUGGGCGUGGAAGUACGUCUGUGGAAAUUAAUCAAUCAAACACGCAUGGGCAUGGAUACCAUUGAUGCCGAGAGUUCUAGUAGUCAGCAAACGAAUAAGCAAUAUACUGAUACAACAGGUGCCUUAAAACGUAGUAAAACUACUGAAACAAAAUAUAGAAGUAGUCGCGGUAAGACUGAGAGCAGUCAUAAAAGAAUUUCAAAUGCGAACACCGCCAACAAUAACAUCAACGACAAUGAUACCGUUAACGCCAAUACGAGGCAAACUGAAAGUGAAUACGAUUCAUGCAGUGAAUAAGUUAUACAUUAAAAGCACAAUCACAAUUAAUUAUACAAACAAACACAUAUACAUAUUCAUGUGCGACAUGAUUUUUAUAAAACUAUUGACGCCGAGCGUCAUUUAUUUUGUCGUUGUUAUUGUUCUCGAUUUCGUUCAGUUUAAAUAUUCAGCAUCAAAACACAUCACAAAGAGAAGAAAAAACGCUACUAAUCUGGUUAUCUGCACAAAAUAGCUAAAGAAAAAAAUAAAAGCAAAUAUUAUACAAUAAAUACAUAUUUUUUAAUGUUGUAAAGUUAAAGUUUAAUUAAGUAA